AUGGCUAUUUCAAAAUAUACAGAUAUAUUAUUAUUAUCAGAACUAGAUUGUUUCAUUAUCAAGUUUAUAAAUGUGCGUUCAUUAUUGUCAAUACCAUUACACUUCAGUGCACCACCAUCACACUCAGAUAUAGCUACCAACAAUGCAAAUUAUGAUGAGGUUAGAUUAGACGACAUUACCCUUACAGUACAAGAUAAUGAGAAAAUAAUGGAACAACAGAAUAAUGGUGAAGUCAACAAAGAAGAAUACGAAAAAAAGACGUUUAUACCUGAAACAUCAAAGAAAGAGAGUCAAGAAUAUAAAAGGAUAUGUAAGAUGUUAUCUAUCUGUAUAGCACAUACAGCUAACGUUGGUGGUAUAGCUAGCCUGACAGGAACCAAUCCUAAUGUUAUACUGAAAGGACAAAGUGAUAUUAUAUAUGAUAGGUACAACGGAACUUCACCUUUGACCUUUGCCACAUGGUUUAUGUACGGAUUACCCAUCUCAGCUAUUAUGCUUGUACUUGCCUGGAUUUGGUUACAAAUAUUCUUCCUUCGUGGGUCAUUUUUUAAAUGCUGUGAAGGAACUAAAUCAGCAGGUGUAAGAAUUAAAUCAGUUCUGAGGAAGGAAUAUGAAAGUCUAGGACCAGUGAAUUUUGCCCAAGCUGCUGUGAUAGGUCACUUUUUUAUUCUAGCAGUAUUAUGGAUAACACGUGACCUCGGUGGAGCCGGUGGAUGGGGUGAUAUAUUUGCUCCAAAGACAGUUACAGAUUCGACCCCAUCUAUAUUGAUAUCGUGUAGUUUGUUUAUAUUUCCAUCAAGAUUACCAGAUGUAUUUUGUUUAAAUAAAGGAAAAAAUGAACCAAUACCUCCGUUAGUACCCUGGAAAGUUGCAGAGAAGAAUUUACCUUGGGGUGUUAUGAUACUUCUUGGCGGCGGAUUUGCAUUAGCCCAUAUAAGUGAGGAAUCUGGAUUAUCUAAAUGGUUAGGUAAUGAGUUGGCUGUCUUUAGCGACCUUGAACCUUGGCUUAUGAAUCUAGUGUUGUGCGUUGUUGUCGCUGCAGCAACAGAGGUCACCAGUAAUACUGCAAUAUGUACUCUCAUGAUGCCAAUUAUGGCUCAAAUAGCUCUACAGUUACAACUAAAUCCGUUGUACAUCAUGUUUCCAACAGCCAUUGCAACCUCGUUUUCAUUCAUGUUACCAGUAGCAACUCCACCGAAUGCAGUUGUGUUUUCAUAUGGACAUCUUAGAGUUAUAGACAUGGUGAUGGUUGGUUUUAUGAUGAACAUUAUAGGAAUACUGGUACUCAUUUUAGGAACAGAAACAUGGGGAGCUAGCGCUUUUAACUUUCACACAUUACCAGAUAUAUUUAAGACAAACAACAAUGUAUCUGAUAUUGCACAGAACAUUACUUUACUAGUAAAUGGUACCUGUUUGUGCUCAAAUCUUACCAUGACAUAAAGGUUCAUCUUGUUAAAUAUAUAUAUUUAUUUCAAAACGAGGCAACAACUGCAUACUACGCGAUGAAUGAUAUGGAACGAUUACCCAGUUAUUUGUCCAAUUGAAACUUGUUUGUGCUUAAAUCGUACCAUGACAUUACAUGUGUCAAAAGGAUACUGCAUAAUGCUUCUCUUUAUUCGUUAAAAGUUCUGGUAUGAAUUCAGCAUAUUUAAAAAAAGGGAUCAAGUAAACAAGAAGAUGAGCAUAGUUAGUUCCCGUUGAAAUGCCGAUUGCUGAAAAACACGCCCUACGAACAUAACAAAUAUGUAACCAAUCAAGAAAUUAUUCAUGUUGUUUUAAGUUU